UCGUCCUUGAGCGACAUCUGUUUAGUCUGAAGUUGUUUUCCACUCUUUAUUAAGGAAGUAUUUACUAUUUAAAAUGGCGGACAUUCGUUAUUUGAAGGAAGGCGAUUAAAAACAAAACUGUCUGAACAGUUAUGGAUGGAUAAUUCACGAUACGCUUGCUUUGGUUUACACGAUAUUCCUGUAAUUUGAUACAUUGGAGAGGUUAGAUAGAGCCAGUUUCAAGACACUUUACACAAAGGGAUCUGCAACAUAAGACGCAAAAUAAUACAACUAAUAAGGAACACACGUAGUAUCAUCAAACAUGGCUACUUCGCAGGCAUCACAAAACCGUGUUUACCUAUUCCGGCUGCAGAUGUUAAUCAUUGAUGGAGGAACUAUAGUUAUCCGGAACUUAUUUGAUCAAAAGCAUUCAGGUGUCCCAUUAGGAGUACUUCUCGCCCAAGAACAGUCGACGAUCAGUCGCCUGAAGAUGCAGAAAAAUAUAACGCAAAAGCAGUAUGAUCUCUUGUAUCCCCAAGGCAACCCUCCGUCAACAAAAUACUUCGACAUUACUCUUCUUGUCUGCUUGAUGAGGAACCUGAAGAUAUUUGGAUUAAAUAAGAAAUAUGCAUGGAACUCUGUGCCACAGAAAAACGACACUUCCACUGAGGCAGACAUUUCUAGACUGAAAGAGUUUCGCAACGAACUGGCUCAUACGAGUUCAACAACUGGAAUACAGCUCAGUGGGUUUCGCUUUAAAUGGACUGAAAUUGAACAGGUUUUGCUACGGUUGAAUACCUCUGUUUGUAUUCCUGUGCCGGACCUACAACAGACAAUGGAUGGCUUCAAAACAUGCACACUUGAUCCAGAAGAGGAGGAGAGAAUAGAGAAAGAAAUAAAGGCUUGGCAGGAGAUGGAAAAGAAUUUGGAAAACCAGCUACAGCUUGUGUCAAAAGAUGUGCAAGGCGUUAAGAAAGAAGUGCAAGCAUUGAAGAAAACUACACAGGAAGUUAACAAAAAUUAUCAACUGGUAAAGAAAGACGUUCAGAUGAUCCAGGAAAAUGUACAAGAACACAAGCAACGUACAUCAGAGCAUGCAGAACUCUUAACAGAUACCAAAAAUCGGGUAAUCGAACUAGAACAGCAAACGACGAAGAGGAAUCCCCUUAAAGCAUGUGUAGCAGCUACAGAAACAGUCUACGAAAAGCGAAAACAAGAACUGAAAAAUGAACUCAUUGUCUUCAAUAAUAACCACCACAGCAGCAUUCCGCUAAGUCCAUUGUUUGAGGACAACGAUACGUCUAUAACAGACUUUUAUAUCACACCAGACAUGCAUUCCAUGCAAGUAGAAAACUUUUCUCUCGAUGAAAAUGAAAUUAAAAACAUUUUGUCCCUUGAAGACAUUUUCUAUAGAGGAGACAAAAGAUGCACUGAAAUAUAUAUAACGGCAGAAGCGGGAUUUGGCAAAACAGCAUUUAGUAAGUGGCUGGCGGUAAACUGGUGUCAAGCUCACCGGGAGGAUGAUUGCAAAACUCAGUACUUUUCAGAUAAAGAUAUUGAAGCUUUGCGUAAAUUUGAGUUUCUCUUUCUUGUAUCUUUGAGAGAGGCAUGUCAAGACUGCUCUAUAGAUGACAUGAUUCAAAAUCAAAUUUUGAUAGAGUUAGCUCGGCCGUCUAUCUACACCACUGAAAUUUUGGAAGAGGUCUUAUCUAAUGAAAGAUGUCUAGUAAUAUUAGACGGUCUAGACGAAUGGUCACAUCCGGAAUCGGCAGCAUGUAAGAAGAUGAAGAAACUCGUCCCACAUCGAAAUGCAAGAGAAAAUUGCACUAUCCUUACAACAACUAGACCAUGGAAAUUAAAUGUUCUUGGACUUAGGAGGAGCGAGAUACACCGGAAAAUAGAAAUUAUUGGCCUCAGCGAAGAGUCUGUGGAAAAGUUGAAAAGAAAGGUAAUUGCAAAGGUAAAAAGGAAAAGGGAAAUCGAAGUGAAGGAUGAGAUUUGUAGUCUGAAUAAGCAGAUCAGAGAGAGGGAAAUCACACAUUUCCAAAAGGUUCCAUUGCUCUUGAUGUACCUGAUUUGUCUUUGGUGCGACGGUUUUCCGCUUGGGCGAUCUAAAUGCGAAUUCUUCUGCCAUAUCAUUGAACUUCUUCUUCAAAGAACGAUAAACAAAUACAAGGAACAAAUAGGAACCAUGCAAACAGACCUGCAAAGCGUCCCGAGUUGCUUCAAAGCAAACGAAUGUUGCAAAAGAUUUUACAGACUCCUACAAAUAUUAGGACGAUUAUCGUUUCAAACCCUGUUCCGCAAAACCAAUAAAAAUACCCUCGUUUUCGAUAGCUCAGAGGCUGAAAUUUAUCUCGAUGUUAAAGAUCUUAACUUUUGCCUUUUGGCUGGACUUUUAACACAAAACAAAGUGGACGUAAAAUUAACAUGUCGAAAAACAAAGAUUUCAUUUGCCCACAAAACCAUACAAGAAUUUCUUGCAGCACUUUAUAUGUAUUCUGAAUCAAACCGAACUGACAUGCUUAAUCACGUGCGUUCGAAAUGUGAUUCAGUGAAAGCCAUCCUCGAAAUGUCAAAUGUAUUUGUAUUUCUGAACGGCUUUUCCUUGGAUACGCAAACUUCAAAACAACUCUCAGAAAUACUGAUGAAAGUUGUAGCUAUGGACGACGUUACACAAACAUACAGAACCACAUCCCGUCUACAUAAUUACAGGCAAUCAGUACAACCACUUAAAGAUAUUCAAGACAUGUUUAUUGCCUGUCAUGAUGAAAAUGUGGAAACGGUGGAAGAGAUCUCCAACCUGCAUUUUCAAGACGUUUUUAUUGACGGGGAUUGUAAAUAUGGCAAAUACCCAUCGUACCUUCAAAAGUUGAUUGCUGUUAAUAAAGAACAUAUAAGCACACUCAGUAUAGAAAUAGAAGGUCUUCCCAGCUUAAAUAAAAUUUCUAAACAGUUCAGACUAGAUGAAAUUUGUGGUGUUGAUAAGGUAUGGUACAGAGGCGAAUGUUGUGAAGCUGAUAUCAUACGUCUUUUGACCGGCUCAGUACAUUCACUCAAGGCGUUUUCAUUAACAUCUUGUGAAUGGAAAGGAGAUGGUUUCAUACCAAGACGUGAUUCUUGGUCUCAUGAAAUGUGUGAAACCAUUCAGGGUAUGCAAAAUCUAGACGCUGUCAAUAUCGACAAUUUCCAGAUAAGUCAUGGCCAGCUAGAUGAAUUGAUGAGUUACCUCGCAGUAAGAACAUCAAUGAAAGAGAUCAAGCUUUCCAAUAUACUUUGUCUUGACGGCGAUCAAUGUGGUGGGCAUUCGCUGGACAUGUCCCUCCAUUCCAACCUAACGAUGUUAUCAUUAUGCAAUAUUUCGCUGUCAAAACUUGAAUUAAAUGUGUCGAUGUUGGAGCAUUGUAAGGUCGGACCAUUAUGUAAACCCGCUUUUGCGUCAGCGUGUCUUCACUUUCUUCCGUCAGCUAGUAAACUUCAUACAUUUUGGUGCAGUUAUCUAGUCUCGGCAGGAGACAUCAAAACAAUGUUGGACAUACUGCCUUUGUUAACUAACGUUAAAGAUGUUAGGUUGCGCAAUAUUGACCUAGGAGAGAAAUCGCUUACGAUCUCACACAAAAUGGUCAAUAUUAAUUAUAUUCGAUUAUUGUCUGUGAAAAUGUCUAGUACAUCGUUACAUGGUCUCGUUAAAGCAGCUGAGGAAUGUACGCACCAAGUAACAAUAGAUUUGCGGGGCUGUAUCGUAACGCCAGAAGAAGAGUUUAAGAAAGUAAGACAAUACAUACUGACAUCUGACUGUUUCGAUGUUUUAUUUGACAAUAUCAAUCAGUUCAAUGAUUACGCUUUUGAGUUUAAAACAACCACAGCGAAAGAAGCAAUACAACAGCAAUGAGAAGAAAAGAAGAUACCAUACAAAUUAUAUUCAAUGAUUGUUAAGUCUCAGCUUAAGCCAGCUAUAUUCGGCUUAAGAAGAAUUUAUCAGACAGAGUUAGAGAACUCAAUUGUUCUGAAGUAGCAGAAAGUAUAGCAACACUGGCCAACGAGACAUUUACUGAUAAAUAUUUACAGCAGUCUCGCAGAAACAGACAGAUAUGGUACUUUAUUCAGCUGUGUUGCAACUCCCUACGUAAGACUUGAAAGAAAAGUAAACUGACAAUAGACAAAGAGUGCAGAUGUCUCUGGCCUUUUGCGAAAUGAUCUAUUAAAAGUGAUUUUAUAUAGGAAUCAGUAUAUGCACUGCUAUAGCAGUAACCACAUGCUUAGAACAUUGAUAUUACAAUAUCAAAUUAUUUUGUUAGCGAAAAUGCUUUAAAAGUACUUAAUAAAUUUUAUGACAAAUUAUUUUUGUAAAUGACAUCCAUGAUGUAGCAAGAAUAUUUUAAAAGUAUUUGUCUUUGUAAUCAUUAUUGAUUUGUACUGUGACAAAAAUGUUUAUGAUUUAUGUUUAUCAGAUUUGAGUGUAUCUUAAAGUUUUAACAAGAUAUCAGAAAAACAAAGAAAAAUAUCAAACAGGGAAUGCCACGCACCAAAAGCGCAGACUUUUGACUAUAUGAAAAGUGUCAUCAUUUGUUAAAGAAAACAGAUCUCUCAUUAUUACAACCUAUGAUUAACCAAUAACUCAUUAAACUACGCAGAUGAAGGAGCUACAUUGAGCGCAAGAAGGCUGUCCUAGUAGAAUAAUGCUGUUGUACGAUUGGCGACAAAACUGGAUUGAGCGAUACCUACCACUUUUUUCAAUACCAAAGAACAAUUGAUGUUGAAGAAAUAUUAAUAACACCACUGACUUUAAGAGCAUUUAGACAAUGUAACGUUUGAUUUUAAAAGGGGGUUGUUGCAGGUUGCAAGUCCAGUAAAAGAUCCUUAAAAACAACCAAGCAAUACGAUAGCAGAGUCGGUUUGACUGUGUCUGUUUCAGAGAGGUAAUAAAAUGUGCAACACCCCUCAAAACCCCAAGCACUGACUUAAGCGGAAGUUCUACAUGUAAUGUUUUGAUCAAUGGAAAGGUUAUAAAACAAGCAAUUUAUUAAUUAAUUUUAAUUUCUAUUUCAAAAUAAAAUGAAUUAUUAUAAACGCUUAACUUACAGUGAUUUUCUAAACGUUUUGAACAUUACUAGGCCGAUUUUAAAAUUAAAACUUACAGUUAUUCAUUGAAAAAAGAUAUUUGAAUACGAAAAUAUGAAAAUUGUAAGUAUUUUAAACUUUUUGAUUUUUGAAAAUCCACAAAUGAGCAAAAACGUUAUUAGUAAUUUAAAAAUUCUGAUCCCAUACACACAAACGAUGUAAAAACAUUUGUUUUGCCCCGCCACCUGAUAAACAGAUGUUAAUGCUUGACGUCACGGCGAUCUCUCCUAUUGUAGACAGAAUCCUGUUACCUCAUUUUUAUUGUCUAUGGAAUGUUGAUAUGUUACUUUAUCAUUACAAAACUUGCAUGCCUAGUUAGCUACUUGGAGUAAUAUUAAUAAACUUAGUGAAUAAAUUCAUAUCAAUUGAGAUCCUUUGCU